GUUUUGAACUGACAACAGAAGCUUCUGCUAGGUUGUUGAGGUUCAGGGGAUUCCUGCCUGACGGCUGGUGUUUAAAUUUAAAGUUUGGAAAAGAGACACGCGUAAAUAUGGAGUGGAAAAUAUUUCAUGUAGGCUUUUCAUUGUCUUUCAUAGUCUUCUUGGUUGCUUUGUGGCUUCGGCCAGCUACAGAUUGUGAAAUAUGCGAGCUUCGGGCUAUUCUUCGUGGUCUGACUGACGUGGAAACCCCUGACAGAAUCCGGCAACCUAAGGUUGCUGUGGGCUAUGGUGCUUGUAUGGAUGUUUUUGCCAAUGCAAAAGAUGUCUUACAAUUCAAAGAAUCCGACAGUCAGCCUAAUACCAUAUCCAAUGAAAUAGAUCUAAUGCAGACGUACACAUACUUCUUUCGUCAUGGAGCUGCGGCAGAACGAUUCAUUCACAACAGCACCCUAUUUGAUCAACUCGUGGAACGUGCUGAACAAAUUCCUGGCGCAAGGUGGGAAAUGGGUGGAAACGCAGCAGUUAUGGCAGCUCGCUUUUCUCUGGAGGGCUGUGAUGUCCUUCUUGCAGCCAAAAUGACGCCUCGCCUUCAAAAAACUCUUCCUCUUGGAGUCAAAGUUGUUGGAGGAGAUGUAAGUAAGGAUGACGUUCAUCUCAUUCUUGAAUACAAGACAGACGAAGUGUGGGGCCCAUAUAGAGCGCCCCGUGCCAACAGAUUUAUUCUACAUAACGAUGACAACAAUCCAACCCUAAGCUCACUAGAAGCAUUUGAAGCAUCUAUUGUGACUUUUAAGCCUGACCUUCUUGUUGUUGGUGGGUUACAAAUGAUGGAUAAUUACCCUUUUGAAAAAGGUGUUCGUGAAGAACGCUUAAAACUUGUACAGGAACAGAUGAAAACACAGUUGCCCGAUACUCAUGUUCAUUUUGAGCUGGCAUCUUUUGCUGAACCUAAGCUGAUGACAGAUUUGGUUGAAAACAUUCUUCCUUUUGCGGAUUCUUUGGGAAUGAAUGAACAAGAACUGGAAAAUCUGAAGAGCAUCCUUCUUCAUGGCAAAGUGAGUGUCGUGACUGAUUCAAAUCCUAGAGUAGCCACCGUUCUCGAUGAUAUGAGAGAAGUGUUCAGACAAUUACGACAGAAGGGUAGGAAGGUCGCGGGGAGCCGAAGCUUGACCCGAAUCCAUGUCCAUACUCUUGCUUACCAAGCUAUAUUGACAGUACAUGGCUCUACAUGGAAGAAUUCCAUUGGAGCUGCCGCUAAGGCCUCUCUUACUGCUCACAGACAUGUCUGCGGAACUUCUUUGGUUGACGUGGAGAAUGUUCAUCUUAUUAUGGACGACAGUUUUUCAACUUCUAAAGCUGAGGGAAGUAGGAGAGUACCGCUGAAUGUCACCAGCCCCAUUUCAUGUUGGGAUGAGGAGUGUGGCGAUGCCACUAUAAAUGUAUGUGUUGCACCUGUACUUGUGUGCACACAUGCCAAGCAAACUUGUGGUGGUGGUGACAAUAUUUCAUCUGCAGGAAUUGCCAUGCAGAUAUAAAAUUUUGUUACCAGGGUUUUUGUGGUUUAAUGGUCAUGGAAUCUGAAUAACAUUCUUAUAGUGUGCUUUUGCAACUGCACUGAUCUUGUUUUAGGUGUGUAAGCCAUUGUGAUUAAUUUUAUUAAUUGAUGUGUUGAAUUUUGUAACAUAAAAGUUACCAAGUUGGUAUGUUUAGCUUUUUGUUAAUGAGAGAAAAGCAUUUUAUUUGAAUUAAUGUAAAUCAAUGCUUGAUUUAGAUUUUGCGGAAGUGUAUGUAAGCAUUGUCUAUUGUUUGUACUUACAAUAUUCACAUGUGUUUUAAAAUACUACUGCUUUAUUAUUUUUCUUGCGUGACUGUAAAUCACAGUUAUCACUGUAUGUAUUUUGUACAGUGCCCAGUCACUCAAAUAGUCUGACUGUAUGCUGUGAUAUCAUACUUCACUGCCUGAGAGAAACUAAUGGAGCAUUAUGUCAUAAUAAUUAGUAACAUUGCUUAUAUUUUUAUUUUCUAUGACUUAUGUUAAUGCAUGAGGUGUGUUUUGUUGUAUUUGUAUCUGUGCUCAAUUCUAUGCCAUGGAUCUGUUAAUUUUAUUUGGCCAUUGUUCUCCACUUAUCCGUGGCUUUCUGUAGUGAGGACAGUGACUCAUUGACUUUUACAUUCCUGAGAUUGUAUGCAUCUCAAUUAAUGACUUACCCUUAAUGUGUAAAUCAAUUAUAAAUUUUGUUAUAUUUUAAGGAAGGAAAAUGGUGAUAAAAGAUCAAGUUAGGUGUCACUCUUCUAACAAUCUGUGAUUUAUGUAUAUUUUUCUAUUAGUGGGCAAAGAACUGACCCCAUCAAUUGUAUUCCAUUCGAUGGGGCGUGGGCGUGGGGUCGAUUCUCUCUUCCACUGUUAGCUCCUCUCCAGACUGAGUAAAAAGGGUUCUGUCGUUCGCAAAAGAAAUGACAUUGUCAAUGCACCAAGCCCAUAAAUUAAACAUUGAAUCUCCCGCGCGGAGUAGAGAUGGGCCAUUUUUGUGUUGACUGCUGCACCGUCUGUGUCACUGUUUUAAACACUGAUUUGUGAUUAUAUCAAAACGUACAAAAGAGUAAAAUUAGAAAAAAUAGUUCAAUUGUGAAAUGAUUGUGUAGAAGGAGGUGGUCUGCAAUACUUUUAGUAACAAUGGGACAUUCCAACCAUCCGGGAUGAAAUACUACUGCUUGGCAAAAGCAGCAGAAAAUCUUACACAUUCCAACAAUCUAUGAAAUCAAAAUUUAGAAGUGGUUCGCGCCUCUUCUAUUUGCCAUUGCUGUAAACGUGACUUGAGUCUCUUUGUAUGUAAAUAAAUAAAAACGUGUAAUCCAAUCAAAAA